CCUCCGCCAUCCUCGUCAUCUUACACUUUGAUUGCGUUCUUCUUAUAGAAAGUGACAGUGUGGUGGGAAACUAUAAAACAGUUUGGCAGUGAAAAACAUUUCUUCAGACUAGUGUGGUUUGUGCAGUUUGAAAAGUGACAUUUUUAGAAAAAAGAAUGAGACUACUUCUAGCCAUACUGGCACUUUCUGUGUUACAUCAUACAACAGCAGAAGAAGCCUCAUGGUCUUGGGGCUCAAACGACAAAGAUGAAACCCCACAGAAAUCGUCCAAUGAGCCACUUCAAGAAACUGUGCCCAGAUCUUUAAAACCUUCGUUUUUACAAGAUGAGGAAAUUCUAAUUGCUGAACCUUCCGAAUAUUCAGAAGACAUCAGAGCAAACAGCACUGAAGCAGAACUUGUAAUAGACGAAAUCCUUAGCUCUACGAAGAAAGGUAGAGCCAUAGAUGGUUUCCAUGAAGUCUACAGCGACCCUAACGUACAAGAAGCUUUGCAAAAGGGGGAUGAUUCCGAAGCGAGAAAUGUUAUCAAGGAUAGGUUAUGUGCUUUAGGACUUAUGCAGUGUGACGGUGUGGAGGAAAAGAGACCAUUCUACGCUCCUGAAGAACUUAUAUACGCCCAACCAGUCUCCAUAAACCCUGUAGGUAAACCCAUUCCAACCAUUCCUAUCAAAGGACACCGUGGUGUAGGAUAUGGUCCUCCAAAACCUCUUCACUAUCCAAGUCGUCCCUUACCUCCUCCCGGAAAAUUCCCUCCUUUAAGCAUACCACCAAAUAAAUUCGGUCCACCAUCUACCUAUAUCCAACCAGGAAAACCACCUCGUCGUCAAUUCGCAGGUCCACCAACAAAACCCUUCUAUGGUAAGCCAGGACUUAAUGGUGAAGUAUAUGAAGGAGGAGAAUAUAUAUUCAGCAAACCACCUCCAAACUUUGCUGGUGGCCUUGAUUUUGUGCAGCCUAUAGAACCUGAGAUUCCUCCUUACAAGUUUGAACAGGGAGCCAGUCAGUUUGGUACACAUAAAGAUAAGAGAGUUGAAAUAACUGUUAAUGCUCAAGGUGGUCAUGCUGCUGCUUUAGGAUCUUCAUCAGCUGCUAAAGGUACCGUAGAACACGUCCAUCAUCAUUACCACCAUAACCUUGACAACAACAACAAGCCAGUAAUAGUCAACCCAGCUCCACUUGCUGCGGCAGCUGUAACUACCUCAGAUUUAUCUUCUGGAACUUAUGGUACUCACUCCUUUGGUUCCAGUGGAACGUACAAUUCCUUUAAACCUUCUCUACCUAUCAGUCCCUCAACCACAGCAGGCCUAGGUAAUUUUGGAUCUAGCAAUGGUUUCCUAGCAUCUAAUACUUUUGGCUCUACAAAUGGAUUCAGUCAAGCUUCCUAUGGAGGUCAGCCUAUUGCAAAUUAUGGAGUUAAACCUAUAACCGAAAAUUAUCAAGAUCAAGGAUAUGAAAGUUUCGGGGCCUCUGUAGGUUCAUAUGGUUCAACAGGAUUAUACAAAAAAGAGUUAAACCUCAAUUCAGUUAACAACAACUAUCUUCAAGCCAAUUACGCUGAUAAGUACCAAGGAGUUGAAUCAGCAAGAGCUGAGAAUUAUGAUUGUAUCUGCGUACCUUACGACCAAUGUCCUUCACAUGACGUUAUUGGAAGGAAAGAUGACUUAUAUUUACCUCUUGACCCCAGAAAUCUGAAAUCCGACAUCGAGGCACUUAGCGAUGAAGAAAGAGUUAUCACAGAUGGAAAUGGUACGAUGACCGUAGUAACAGUUAACAAGGAUACAGGAUUAACUGGAACAAAUGUAACUGAAGUUAUGAAGGAGGGUAAGAGGAUCAGCAAACGAGAUACCUCUGAAGUAGAUGCCAAAGUAAACCAGAAUGGAGGAGACGGUAAACCAGAAGCGCGCCAGGGCAAUUAUGGUUCUCUUGGAAACUUGGACAUGAAGAAGAUAAAACCAACAUUUGGAGUGUCGUUCGGUUUGCCACAACAGGGAGGCGGUGGAUAUCCUGUGAAUCCCUAUGGUCCCACGCCUUUCUCUAAUCCUUAUCCGAUUGGACAACCCGGGAUAAAUCUUGGCUUAGUCUCAGUGAACCCUUUAGUGUCGAUUCAAGUAACUAAGGAUGAUUAUGGCAAUAAAGAAAUUAAGCCUUUCGUUAACUUACAUGUAACACCCAACGAUUAUCUCAUUCACAAGUUUUCUGAUAUUUUUAAUUACAAAAAAGCUGUUAUCUUUAACAAACACAAGCACUAUCAUGUUCACAAAGGUAACCAUUACCCUCAUCAUAAUCAUUAUCCUCAAUAUCAUCAAAGUCCUCAUGAUAUAUAUCGUGAGCACCCUCAUGAGUUCGAAUCUCACUACCCUGCAGUGCAUGGUCCUCCAGUUUUCGAAGGACUUCACUAUGGGGGUCCUCAUUAUGGAGAUCCUCACUAUGGGGGUUCUCACUAUGAACCAAACGACCUUCACAAUUCGUAUCCAGAACAAUACCCCAAUACACAUGAAGGAGCCGUACCAGGUUCGUAUUUUGACAAUCCUCUAAAUUACGGCGGAGGGGAAUAUUACCCAGGACCAAUUUAUGGAAAAAAUAUUGGGAGUGGCAAUGAAUUUGUUGAAGGAAAUAGUGUAAUACAACAAUACCAAAAUCAGGCCAGUCGUGGUACUGAAACGUAUGGAGAGGAAAAUAAUGUCGAAUUUAAAAAUUCUCGAGGAUUUCGCAUAGGAAAAAAUUUAAAUAUUGAUAGCUCUUCUUCUAAUCCUAUCCGAUUUCCUACAAGUCGGAGAAGAAGAGACGUUAGGGAAUCUGAAAAUGAUAAAAAGCUUACUAAGAGGCAGUUCUACGGAGGCAAUAACUUAAUAGGUCGUCCACAAACCUGCGGUCCAAGACACGUCUGCUGCAAACGUCCAUUACGUCCACAAGUACCUCAUCCAAACAGGCAGUGUGGUACCAGGCAUUCUCAAGGUAUUAACGGCCGUAUCAAGAACCCCGUCUAUGUAGAUGGCGACAGCGAAUUUGGAGAAUAUCCCUGGCAAGUUGCUAUUCUGAAGAAAGAUUCAAAAGAAAGCGUAUACGUAUGUGGAGGAACAUUGAUAGAUCCUUUGCAUAUUCUUACUGCUGCCCAUUGUGUUAAAACAUACACUGGAUUUGAUUUACGUGCACGUCUUGGAGAAUGGGAUGUCAACCACGACGUAGAAUUCUACCCCUACAUAGAACGAGACGUAGUAUCUGUCCAUGUUCAUCCUGAAUUCUACGCUGGUACUCUCUACAACGAUAUCGCUAUUUUGAGGAUGGACAAACCCGUAGAUUGGUCCAAGAGCCCACACAUUAGUCCUGCCUGUUUGCCUCAUCCCCAAGACGAUUACACGGGCGCCAGAUGUUGGACAACAGGAUGGGGAAAAGAUGCUUUUGGAGAUUUCGGAAAAUAUCAGAACAUACUUAAAGAAGUGGAUGUACCGAUAGUUGAUAGCGGCAUUUGUCAGAGACAGUUGCAGCAAACUAGAUUAGGGUACGACUUCAAGCUCCAUCCUGGAUUCAUAUGCGCUGGUGGAGAAGAAGGAAAAGACGCUUGCAAAGGUGACGGAGGUGGUCCAAUGGUAUGCGAAAGGGGUGGCACUUGGCAAGUAGUUGGUCUAGUAAGUUGGGGUAUCGGAUGUGGUCAGACCGGAGUUCCUGGAGUUUAUGUUAAAGUUGGCUACUAUCUGGACUGGAUCAGGCAAAUAACGCAAAGAUAUUAGGUCGACUUUAAAGAAGUCAAUGUUUUACAGUUAGAUUUAAAUUAAUUCCAAUACUUUAAGAUUAUUUAUUAUAAGUUAUUUAUGGAAUACCUAGUAUAAUAUAACUUAUUACUUGUAUAUAGUUAACUUUAUAUUCGUUUAUGUUCGUUUGUUGUGAUAUAUUGAUUUUGUACUGCUACUGAUCCUCUUUUUUUUUAAAUAAAAUCAUCUAAAUAAA